UCUAUUUGUCGGGGUUAAGUGCCUUGUAAAUAACGCGAUUUUCUAAUAAUUUUUAAAUUAAAAACAAUGAGCGAAAUAGCUAGUGAAAAAAUAGAAGAGAAUAAAAAAGAGAUAAAGGAAGUCAGUGUGGAGAAUGAAGAACCAAUAAAUGUUGACUUUAAAGAAGAUUUGAAGACGACAAAUCAAAAUAAUGAAGCAGACCUCUAUGCUUAUUUGGAUAGAGAUGAUAACACUACAGAAAAAUAUAAAAUCGAAGUCAGGGGGCUACCAAAGUUCUACGGUAUUGGCGAGUUCAGGAGAUUUUUAAAUGAAAAGUUGCAAUUGAAUGCCAGUAAAAUCAAGCCACCUAAAAAAGGAAGUGCCUGGGCAUACGUUUCUUUUCAUAAUGAAGAAAAUAGAGAGAAAGCCAUUAGUAUGCUUAAUGGAGUGGAGUGGAAACGUGGCAAGUUGUCAGCUCACGUUGCCAGUCCUGCUCCUGAUCCAUUUGUGAAAAGGAAACUUGAAAUGCAAAAUGAAUUAGAUACCAAGAAAGCAAAAGUAGAAGUACAGGAUGAAUCUCUUUCUCCUGAAGAGAGAAUAAGGAUUAUUACAAUUCCACUUAACAACAUGCCAUAUGAAGAACAAUUGGAAUUGAAACAAAAAGAAAUGAAAAAAAUCAUUCAUAAAUUAGAAGAGCAAAUUUCAAAAGUCAAUAAAGAAGUUGGUCAGUGGAUGAAAAAACAAAAAGACAAAAACAACGGGAUUUCAUGUGAAUUAGGACAAAUCAUUCAUACUGAUGUGAUAGAAGGGUACAGAAACAAGUGUGAAUUCACUAUUGGUCUCGAUGUGUCUGGAAAAAAGAAAAUGAUUGGGUUUCGGCUUUCAAGUUAUGCAGCUGGUUCUAUUUCUGUGGGACCAAUUGACCACCUCUGCCAUAUCCCCCAAAGAAUGAAGACUGCUGUCAAGAUUCUAGAAAAAUUUGUUUGCGAAUCAGAACUGGACACUUUCGAUCCAGUGACUCACAAAGGUCACUGGAAGCAAGUAACCGCUAGGGCAACAACUUUGGAUCAUUUAAUGUUGAUAAUAGGAAUAAAUCCUCAAAAUAUGAGUGAUGAAGACCAAAAAAAUUUGCAAAACAGUUUGAAAGAAUAUUUUCAACAAGAAAGUAAUGCAGAAGCCAAUGUGACUUCUUUGUACUUUCAAACUAUUAAAAAAAAAGGAACAGGGGGAGAAGGUGGUGGUUCAAUUGUACAUCUCAGCGGAACUCCAUAUAUAGAAGAAAAAAUUCUCGGUAUGACGUUCAGAAUAUCUCCAGAAGCAUUUUUCCAAAUAAAUAGUCUAGGUGCUGAGGCCUUGUACAAAACGGCCAUUGAUUUAGCGAAUCCUUCAAGCGAUACGGCCUUGCUCGAUGUUUGCUGUGGCACCGGAACCAUAGGACUAUCUUUUGCAAAACACUGUGAUGAAGUACUUGGCAUUGAAAUAGUGCCAAAUGCAAUCAAAGAUGCCAAACAAAAUGCCAAAUUAAACGAUGUAACGAAUUGUGAAUUUUUUACUGGAAAAGCAGAAGAUAUAUUACAACCUGUCAUUCAUCGGACGACAAAGUCAAAUAUCAUUGCAGUUGUUGAUCCUCCAAGAGCUGGCCUACAUCAAAAAGCCUUAGUAUCGUUGCGUAAGGCCAAAAGGUUGAAAAAGUUGGUCUACAUCUCCUGUGAUCCAAACGCAGCAAUAAAAAAUCUAGUUGACUUGGCGAGACCAAAUUCUAAGCAGUACUUUGGCGAGCCUCUAGUGCCCGUGAAAGCUGUUCCCGUGGAUAUGUUUCCCCACACAAAACACUGCGAACUGGUUUUGUAUCUUGAAAGAUUUUCUCUUUUAAAAGAGUCCAGCGAUGCAACGUGA